UGUUGUAGGUUUUGUCUACGUGAAGAGCUCUCUGAAUAUUAUUUUCAGACAUGUCGGGUUUUAUGCUUACACACUGUUUUGGCUUUUAACGAAUAUGGUGUUUCAUGCAUUUUUCUGUUUUUGUCUAUGGCUUUUAAGUGGUGUGUCUGGUGUUUAUACAGAUGAAACCAAGACAAUACCAGUAACUGAGGGAGAUUUUGUAACUUUAAACACUGAUGUUACUAAAAUAAAGAGAGAUGAUCAUAUACUCUGGACAUUUAGAAUUAAAAAUUCAGAGACUCGCAUCGCUCAGACAAAUACACAGAACAUCUCUAUAUAUGAUAGUGGUGAGAAUGAGAGAUUCAGAGACAGACUACAGAUAAAUGAGCAGACAGGAUCUCUGACCAUCACAAACAUCAACAAAUUACACUCUGGACUUUAUAAGGUACAAAUCAUCAAUGGAGGAGUCAGAUACAAGACUUUCAAUAUUGCUGUCUAUGGUAUUCUGCCUGUUCCUGUCAUUAUCAGAGACUCUUUACAAAAUUUUACUUCAUCAUCAGGAUCAUCAGGGUCCACAUGUUCACUGCUGUGUUCAGUGGUGAAUGUGAGUGAUGUGACUCUCUCCUGGUACAAAGGAAACAGCUUAUUGUCCAGCAUCAGUGUGUCUGAUCUCAGCAUCGGUCUCUCUCUACCUCUGGAGGUGGAAUAUCAGGAUAAAAACACCUACAGCUGUGUGCUCAAAAACCCCAUCAGCAACCAGACUCAACAUGUGGACAUAAGUGAAGUCUGUCAGACACCUUCAGAAUCCAGCCAAUUUUUAUUUCUCAUUGUUGUAUUUCUGCUGUUGCCGCUGCUGGUGGUCACAGCUGUAGUCAUGAUGAUGUUCUGUAACCAUAAAAACUAUGCACAAACAAAAGAAGAUGGGAAGUAUUAUGAAUAA